AUGGCCUUGCUCGGCGGAGUUCGCGAUGUACCUGCUAAUCAGAACAGUGGUGAAGUCGAAAGCCUCGCUCGUUUCGCUGUCGAUGAACACAACAAGAAAGAGAAUGUACUGCUCGAGUUUGGGAGGGUGGUGAAGGCGAAAGAGCAAUCUGUUGCAGGAAUACUGCAUCACUUGACUCUGGAGAUUAUCGAGGCCGGUGAGAAGAAGCUUUACGAAGCAAAAGUGUGGGUGAAGCCAUGGUUGAACUUCAAGGAGUUACAGGAAUUCAAGCCUGCUAGUGAUUCCCCUGCAAUCACUCCCUCCGAUCUUGGCUGCAAGAAAGAUGAACAUGAAUCUGGAUGGAGGGAAGUUCCAGGAGAUGAUCCAGAAGUGCAGCAUGUUGCUGAUCAUGCUGUCAAGACUAUCCAGCAGAGGUCUAACUCCUUGUUCCCUUACGAACUUCAGGAGAUUGUGCAUGCUAACGCUGAGGUUACCGGUGAGGCUGCAAAAUUCAACAUGCUUCUGAAGUUGAAGAGAGGAGACAAGGAGGAAAAAUUCAAGGUGGAGGUUCACAAGAACCAUGAAGGUGUUCUUCAUCUCAACCACAUGGAGCAACAUAAUGACUAA